GUCAUUGCCCAUCAAUGCCACCUGUCAGUGCCCAUCAAUGCCACAUAUCAGUGCCUACCAGUGCACAUCAAUGCCACAUAUCAGUGCCUACCAGUGCACAUCAAUGUCACAUAUCAGUGCCCAUAUGAGCUGCCUUUCAGUGCCACCUAUCAAUGCCUGUCAGUGCAACCUACGAGUGCUGCCAAUCAGUGCCAGUCAGUGCCACCUAUCAGUUCCAGUCAGUGUUGCCUAUCAGUGCCCAUCAGUGCUGCCUAUCAGUGCCUCCUAUCACUGCCCAUAACUGCAGCCUCAUUAGCGCACAUCAGUGAAUUAGAAAAAUUACUAAUUUACAAGAAUUUAUAACAGAAACUAAGAAAAAAACAUUUUUUUUUCAAAAUUUUUAGUUGUUUCUGGUUUGUUUAU